AUGGAUAUUAUCGAUCAAGAGAUAGUCAGCAAGUUUAAACAGAUUGGAAUUGUCAAUCGCGAUGACCUAUCAAAGUUUGAUCGCAUUACCAAAGAGUUUGGUCUCACACCAGAUGCCAUCUUUAAUGAAUGGCAACAAUAUGCCGUUAAGAAGAUGAUUAAUGAGGACUUUGGCAAGCAUAUCGAUCCUUUUAGAAUUCUGAUAAAGAAACAGGCUGUGGCUAUGAAGCGUGCUUUACAAGAGAAUGAGAAGCAAGCUCAACUACAACAGCAGGCAAAGAGUCAAAAGACAACUGCAACAUCUAGACCAAAAACCACGACCACUACCACUUCCACAACAACUGCUGCUGCAAGACCUAAAGCAUCUGUAUCCAAUGCUGAUCUUGACUUUGACUUUGACAUGGACGAUUCCACAAACAAUAACAAUAACAACAACAAGAACAAUGGAGAUGACUUUGACUUUGACUUUGAUUUACCAGACGCAGCCAAGAGUCUACUCCAUCUCAAUGGUGCCAAACACUUCAACUAUGAAUCAAGACAGAACAUUGGACAGUCCACACAAUUGUACUGCGCUGGUGGCUUCAAGGCCCCUGCCUCAGACUCCGGCUCCAACGAUACCACAAACACCAGCAUCACAGUGUUGGGAAAGGGAACAACGAGCAAGGAUGUCUACAUGAGCGAUACGCUACAUGGCAGGACAAAGCAGUUGGCAGAGAGCGUGACACAGUAUCAUGACAAGUUCAGCAAGGUGUUGGGCGUAGAGACCAAUACAGACAGUGAGGAACUCAUCCGAGCUGUAGGUCGUGUGUGGAUCGAUCGCUCCUCACUGGCGCUCCACAAGCGUUUCCAUCUUCUUGGCAACACUCUUCGAGGUGUGGACUCGUUCUCCAUCAACACUCCCGUCAACAUAUUCACUGGACAAGUGAUCAUGGUCGAGGGCAAGAACAUCCCAGGCUCAAACUUCCUCUGUUCCAAUAUAUAUUAUCCCAAUCAACUUCCUUUCCAUGUGCCAGAGCAAGACUCCUCAGCGAGAAUACUGUUUGCAAGUGGACCAUUCUCAUUGUUCCGUGCCAAUGACUACUCGCCAUUCAAUGACCUUUUGCAGGUUAUUCAGAAUAAGAAGUAUAAUAUAGUCAUCCUCUUUGGACCAUUUGUCCAACAGGCCAACCUGGAUAUCAACAAGUUGGACAAGACAUUUGAUCAGGUGUUUGAAGAGUUGAUCAACAUGCUGGCAGAGAUCACCGACACUACAUUCAUUGUUGUACCUUCAGUUUCUGACCUGUGCCACGACUAUGUCUAUCCACAGUCACCAUUUAGACUGGAAUCCAAGCGCUACAAGAACAUCAAGUUCGUCUCCAACCCAUCCACCUUGCUAAUCAACAACUCCAUUACCAUUGGACUGGACAACAGUGGGAUCGUAGAGCAUCUACAAUAUGUCCUAAGUGAUAAGAAGAAAUCAAACAAAGUAGAUGCUGAAUCAAUCUGUCGAAUGAUAAUCCAGCAACAGAACUACUAUCCACUGCAUCCUGCUGAGGUGCCACUGGAGAUGUCACGACUCCCAACAUUGAGCUUCCCAGGCAUCACUCCAGACAUCCUCUUGUUUGCCAACGCCGACAACUUUGCAAAGUCUGUUGACAAUGUAUUGUGUGUGAGUGCCGGUCAGAUGGUCGGCAAUGAACGUGCUGGCACAUACGUCGAGUUGAUGAUCAACGCUAAUAGUGGUGGCAAUGACAAGACAGCAAUUCCCAUCGCACAGAGAUCCAGAGUAACAGCAAUCAAUAUAUAA